AUGUCAGCCUCACUCCCGGGCAGCAGAGAACUACCUGCCUCUCAAUAUGAUUUGAGCACAUACUGGGGCCGCGUGCGGCAUUCCAUUGAUUUGACAGACCCCAGGACGCUCUUCACCUCCGGCACGGGGCUCGAGCAGGCAAAGUCCCUCAUCACCAAGUACAAGCAAGGCGAGAUCAAGUCGAUGACUCCUGAGCUAUGGAGUGCAAAGAAGAUCGUCGAUUCCACACUACAUCCAGACACGGGUGAACCAGUGUUCCUGCCCUUCCGCAUGUCAGCUUUCGUGCUUUCGAACUUGGUCGUCACUGUAGGCAUGCUCACGCCGAACAUGUCGAAUACUGGAACGAUCGCAUGGCAAAUUGCUAACCAGUCCAUGAACGUGGGAAUCAACUUUUCGAAUGCCAACAAAAGCUCGCCUAUGCCUACUUCGGCAAUUGUCCAGUCUUACUUUACCGCUGUUGGUGCCAGUUGUGGUGUUGCAGUCGGACUCAACUCCAUCGUUCCUCGACUGAAGCGAAUCAGCCCAAGUACAAGGGCUGUGCUGGGGAGACUCGUGCCCUUCGCGGCAGUGGCCAGUGCUGGUGUGGUCAACGUCUUCCUAAUGCGUGGCGAGGAGAUCCGUCACGGCAUCGACAUCUAUCCAAGUGAAUCUGAAAGUGCAAAGGCGAAGCGUGAGGAGGCCGGCAAGCCUUUGGAAACCAUAGGCAAAAGCAAAAAAGCUGCGACCCUGGCGGUCGGUGAGACUGCGGCUUCACGAGUGUUGAACGCAACACCGGUCAUGGCUGUCCCGCCACUCAUUCUGAUGCGAUUGCAGCAGACCGACUGGCUGAAGUCGAGACCGCGGAUGGUACUUCCUGUGAACCUUGGGUUGAUCUUUGCGACAAGUCUGGUAGCAUUGCCACUUGCGUUGGCCGCUUUUCCACAACGCCAAGCUGUGCAAGCCACGAGUCUUGAGAAGGAGUUCUGGGAGAAAGGUGGCGAGGGCGGUCUCGUGGAGUUCAACAGAGGUAUUUAG